AUGUUCGAGUCUGGUGCCAUGAAAGCAAUUACUCAACUAUGGCAUCAGGAACUACACUCGUCGUCUUCUCCAAACGCAAAAUUUCUCUCGGACUAUCUGCUUGUGCUUAGUUCAAUCCUGCGUCACUUUCCGCUAUCACAAAAAGUAUUCUUCGCAGCCCGUUCUGACGGCAAAGAUCCGGUCGGGUUUGCACUCCUUGACGCCACUAUAAAGUCUCCAGUCUGGCUCUGUCGUGACGUUCAGUGUCAGAAGUUGAAGCUACGCAUAUUUGGACUUCUCGGUGAUCUUCUUGACGAACGGGCAAGUGCCAGUUGUUCCAUUUCGACAACUACCUCCCAGUUUGACCUCGCCGCUGGAAUUCGGCGCUACGGAUGGUGUCGAGAGGUCGUUGCCCUAAUCACAGACUCUGCCCUGCUGACUGACCACAGUUCACGCGAGAGGGCACUGCGGGCCGGUCUACAGAUUGCACAGGUUUGUUCUCCGCAGCGUUUAUUCGGCAACGAAACGGACUCCAAAAGCCUUUCGAAUGUGCUCGACGGGUGGGAGAAGGAGUAUAGCGAACUCGCAAGAAGAGAGGUCACGGAUGUCAGUGUCGAGGAGGAGCACUUGCGUUACUUUGCUAGUUUACUGGAGUUGCUUUACAGGUUCCGCGCUGUGGUUUACGGGACAGAAAAAACUUUCCAUCCACUUCGCAGUGAACUAUAA